UUUCCCGCAAGUUAGACGCGGUUGUCGGCAGCAUGGUCAACAUUCCUAAACACGUGCUCUCUUCGCUGGCUUCGGGUAUUUCAGCCGGCGAGUUAGCCGAUGUGAUCGCCCACUACUUGCCGAUCGCUUUGCCUAAAAAACAAGAAAUUUUGGAAACGACCUUAGUUCCCAAACGACUCAAGUUAAUUUUGCAGCACCUAGAAGAGGAGUCGCGGAUUAACCAAAUCGACAAAGACAUUGAUAAGUCGGUGCGCAAGACGCUUGAUGGCCAGCAGAAGGAGUUUUUGCUGCGCGAGCGCAUGAAGGCGAUUAAAGAAGAACUCGGCGAAAUUUCUUCCAAAGACACAGAAAUUGAAGAUUGAAAGAAAACGCUGGAAGAUAAAAAGUACCCCGAGGAAGUGCGCGCCAAAGCGCUGGAGGAAAUUAAAAAGUACGAGUCAACUCCACCGAUUUCAGCCGAAGCCAACGUGAUCAAGAGUUACAUCGAACUGAUUAUUAAACUGCCUUGGAAAACUUUCACCGUUGAUAACGAAGACAUUCAAAAAACUAAGCACGUGCUUGACAAAUACCACUACGGACUCAAAAAAGUUAAGGAGCGGAUUUUGGAAUAUUUGGCGGUUAAAAUUAACACCAAAAAUUCCCACGCUCCGAUCAUUACUUUGCUCGGUCCGCCCGGGGUCGGGAAAACUUCGCUGGCCCGCUCGAUCGGCGAAGCGAUCGGUCGCGAAGUGAUUAAAGUUUCACUCGGUGGUCUGCGCGAUGAGGCCGAAAUUCGCGGUCACCGCCGCACUUACGUGGGUGCGAUGCCGGGCAAAAUUAUUCAAGCGGUUAAAAAAGCCCAGACUUCCAACCCAGUCAUCUUACUGGACGAGAUCGACAAGAUGUCUUCCGAUUACAAAGGCGACCCCACUUCGGCGAUGCUGGAAGUGCUGGAUCCAGAGCAAAACCGUAAGUUUCAAGACCACUACCUGGAGCUUGAGUACGAUCUUUCCCAGGUCAUGUUCAUCGCGACGGCUAACUACUUAGAAAACAUUCCGGCUCCGCUGAUUGACCGGGUGGAGAUCAUCAGGCUUAACCAAUACAGUUCCGAGGAAAAACUUGAGAUCGCCAAACAGCACAUCAUUCCCCGUACGAUUAACGAGAACGGAUUAACUAAGAAACAGUUCGCCAUUUCUGACCGCACGAUUGAAUACGUAAUUGAUAAGUACACUCAGGAAGCCGGCGUCAGAGAAUUACAGCGCAUCAUGAGUAAACUAGCUCGGAAAGUAGUCGUUAAAAAACUGGAGGGCAAAGUUCAGGAUGAGUUUCAAGUCAACCAAGAGGUGGUGGCCGAGUUUCUUGGUAAAGAAACGGUUUACAAAGAAAAACUGAAAGGCCGCGCCGAAGUUGGUCUAGUCAACGGCAUGUACUACUCAGCUGUUGGCGGCGGUCUUUUACCGAUUGAGGUCACGACUUAUCCGACUAAGAACGGCGAAAUUAAACUGACUGGCUCGAUCCGCGACGUCAUGAAAGAGUCACUUAACAUUGCGAUUGGUUACAUCCGGGCUAACUCCAAACGUUUUGGCAUCAAUUUUGACUUUGAGAAAAACACCAUCCAAGUCCACGUUCCCGAGGGCGCGAUGCCUAAGGACGGCCCUUCGGCCGGCAUCGCUUUUGCUACGGCCGUCAUCUCG